CGACGCUCACUCAGUGCGACAGCACGCGCGACCUCGACCGGAUCAGCGCGGCUGAUCCUCGAUCGUUUCGCGUCGUGGAUCAUUGCUCGCGCGCGGCAAUGAGACAUUCCGAGCGUUCUGAUUCGUGUUGUCGGUUCGAAGAGGACUCCUGCAACUCUCGUCCCGAGCCUUUGGUCUUCCUUUCAUAUUGGAGAGCUUCCAAGAGGAUUUAAGACAAGUCGGAGCCUGCAAAGCGCCAACCAGAGGAGUUACCAUAACGGAGACACGAGCUAGAGGAAGCAAUUCACGCUGUAAUGAUCCCGGAAAUCCGACUGAAAUCGGUAUUCGAUCAUCCCUGACCCGGGCCACGAAAUUGCCAGCGCUGUUUCAGGAACGAUCCGUUCGAUCUGCCUGCCUGUGUCACCUAAAGCCCUCAACCUCGUCGGCCCUCUGCUCCCUCUUCCUCUGCUAAGCCUAUCUCGUCCCUAUAUCGUCGAUUCGCCGUCUCGAGAUCCUUCAAUAUGGACGACGACGAUACGGAUGAGAAACGGGAAUCUCUGACUCUGGUGAAUAAACUGUCCCACAAGGAAGCGAAGAGUAAACUUCUGGUCUCUUCUUCCAAAUUCACGUCCAAGAGCUCCGCUAGAUUCGACACUCGUCAGCGAAACUCCACUGAAGACUCAGACACCAUGGAGUGCACCUCUGAGAACGAGGUAGAGAAUAUCCCUAAGGACGAAGAUGUAUCCGAACCCCUAGUCACUGAUGAGAAAGGCAACAGAAUCUCGGGCAGAGACCGUCACUCCUUAGACGUGCCCGAGGAAGCAGCAUCCCUGCUCAUGAGUCAACAACAGACUAUGACGAGAACAAGUCUGAGAGUGAACGAAGAGGAGCUGAGGACCUCCAGGUUCCCUGGAGCCAGGCUAGGCCUCUUCCACCGAAGUCCUCAAUCCUCGUCCAGCCAAGAGGAGUAUGAACCUGAGGUGAAGAGCUUGUCCAAGUUGCAGAAGCAACAACAGCAUCAGCAACAGCAUCUUCUAACCACUGGAAGUGCUGGUCAGAUAACAGCCAGGUCUAUGGAGAGCCUAAGAACGUCAAGGAAUUUCCUUAGUGCGGAUGAACGUUAUAUAGAGGAUUCCAAGUCCCUGGAAUCCCUAUCCCUCUCAUCAGAGUCUCACGUGGCCAGCUCCAAAAGCCACUACAGAAGCUUCUUGACAUCUUCUACCAGGGAUGUCAGGAGGAUCGUGACGGUGGAGUCUAAGAGCAGUGAAAAUCUGCAUAGGGAGGAAAGUUUGAACGCUGAAGUGAGACGCGGUUUGUUCGCUAAUACCGGAUUGGAGAGGAAGAUUCCUCAACAUCUGAGCCUACCACCGCCCUCCAACGUGUUCUCCCUGACCAGUCCAGGUGGCAGUGACAGAAAAAUCACUAUCCUCAGCCCGCAUUCACCUGUCCAGUCGACGGAGUUCCAGUUUUCGUCGCAGACGCUGAAGACCAGACGCAAGAAGGCUAUCGUCUUGCCGAGGUUGGUGUUGCCCAGAAGCGAAUCCGAGGUGUUCUUAGAUUUCGACGUGGAAAAUGGCGCCUCAACGCUGGACGGUGGCGCCGGAGGCGGCGGUGGCGCCUCGCCGAGUGCAGGCCUGGUGCUGCAAACCCUGCCACAGCGACGAGAAAGUUUCCUCUAUCGUAGCGACAGCGACUUCGAGAUGUCGCCAAAGUCGAUGUCUCGGAACAGUUCAAUCGCGAGCGAGAGGUUCAAAGAGACAGAGCUUCCUGUCGAGCGAGCGAUAUUUACCGAUCAGUAUAGCCAUGGCGAGGACCUCAUUGUCACGCCGUUCGCGCAGAUCCUGGCCUCUCUGCGCUCGGUCAGGAACAACUUCCUGUCGCUUACGAAUGUGCCCACGAACAAAUCACGAAGGAGUAGCGGCGCACAGGGGAGCAGCACGCCGCAACCACGGAUCUUGGCGCCAGGAGAGGAGAACUACAUGAAACUAGCCGUGGAGACGAUGGAAGAGCUGGACUGGUGCCUGGACCAGCUGGAAACCAUUCAGACGCAUCGAUCCGUGUCCGACAUGGCCUCUCUGAAGUUCAAGCGUAUGCUGAACAAGGAGCUGUCCCACUUCUCAGAAUCCUCAAAAUCCGGCAACCAGAUAUCAGAGUACAUCUGCAGCACCUUCCUUGACAAGCAACAGGAGUUGGACUUACCCUCCCUGCGGAUCGAGGAUGCGGUUACAGCUGCCGGAAGUGCGGAUGCAAGGGCGGCGAAGAAGAAGGACCGGGCACAGAGAGGCCCGGCCGCAAUGUCCCACAUAAGCGGCGUGAAACGGCCCCUCACGCACACGAAUAGCUUCACUGGGGAACGUGUGCCGCUUCAUGGUGUGGAGACGCCCCAUGAGGAGGAACUCGGCAAGCUUCUAUCAGACAUCGACAAGUGGGGCAUCGACAUCUUCAGGAUAGGCGAGUUGAGCAGCAACAGACCGCUGACCUGCGUAGCGUACACAGCCUUCCAAACCCGGGAUCUGCUCAAAUCGCUGGCCAUACCGCCCAAGACCUUUGUGACCUUCAUGAUGACCCUCGAAGAUCACUACGUCAAGGACAAUCCUUUCCACAACAGUUUGCACGCGGCCGAUGUGACCCAGUCCACCCACACUCUGCUCAACACGCCCGCACUUGAGUCCGUGUUCACGCCAUUGGAAAUCACGGCGGCUCUGUUCGCAGCCACCAUUCAUGACGUGGACCAUCCUGGACUCACCAACCAGUUCCUUAUCAAUUCGAGCUCUGAGCUUGCUCUGAUGUACAAUGAUGAGUCUGUUUUGGAGAACCACCACUUGGCAGUGGCGUUCAAACUGCUUCAGAACGAGGGCUGCGACAUUUUCGUCAACAUGACGAAGAAGCAACGUCAGACGUUGAGGAAAAUGGUCAUUGACAUGGUCUUAUCCACGGACAUGUCUAAGCAUAUGUCUCUGUUAGCUGAUUUGAAGACUAUGGUUGAGACGAAGAAGGUGGCAGGCUCUGGUGUGCUUCUGUUAGACAACUACACCGACCGGAUUCAAGUCCUAGAGAAUCUGGUGCACUGUGCUGACCUGUCCAAUCCUACGAAACCAUUGCCACUGUACCGACGAUGGGUAGGUCUGUUAAUGGAGGAGUUCUUCCUCCAAGGAGAUCGGGAACGCGAGCAGAACAUGGAUAUCAGCCCCAUGUGUGACAGGCACAGUGCCACCGUCGAGAAGUCGCAGGUCGGCUUCAUUGAUUACAUUGUUCAUCCUCUCUGGGAAACUUGGGCGGACCUGGUACACCCAGACGCCCAGGAUAUUCUGGAUACGUUGGAGGAGAAUCGAGACUGGUAUCAAUCAAUGAUUCCUCCGUCACCACCGUCCGACGAUCAACAGCAACAGCAACAGCAAGGGAACGAGCAGCAGUCUGAUAGAAUACACUUCCAGGUGACACUGGAAGAGGGCGAUGAGACAGGCGAAGCAACAGAAACGGGGGACACAGGUGGAGCGGCGAAAACGACCUUGCCAAGCGAGGAAGGGGGCGGUGAGACGGAGGAGAACGCCGCAGAGGCUGGAAUGUGACGGAGGCUCGCGGGUAUUUGCAGGAAGCUCCACGAGAAGGUGCAGCAGACCUGGUGGCGUGUACGUCAGUGACAGCUAGUUCGCUGCUGCUGGCCAGGUCUCUUUGUGUCGACCUAUUGACCUUUUGGCCAAGCUCCACUCCCCGGAACGGUGGAACAAGUCUCGUCUGAGCACGAGAGAUAGGCAAAGAGAGUAAGGAG